AUGGGUAUCAAGCGAAAAGUGUUGGAGUUUCGUGAAAUUGGGUGCUAUCCAGUUUAUGUACUCAUUUUACUGCUACUAACAUAUCUAUUGAAUCAACUGGAUCGCUAUGCUAUUGGUGUUACAUCCAUUUAUAUAGCUCAAGAAAUGCAAUGGGGCGAUAAAGGCUGCCUGCUUAACACGUCUUAUAGUAAAGCCCAAUUUAGAAAUAUAUCGUGUGGAAUCCAUGACAAAACUCUAACUUCUCAUCAAAUUGAAUCGAUAUGUGACAGCAAAGUUAAUGAUUUCGGUGAGCAUGUCUGUAAGUACGAUUACAACGGACAGGGAGAAUUAUUUCAAAUAUUGGCUGGGCCAGCAUUUAUAGUGGUAUAUACAUUUUCUGGAAUUCCUCUAGCGGCAAUUGGCGACCUGACUAAUCGUCGUAAUCUUCUUGUCGGCUGUUUGUUUUUCUGGAGUGCUAUGACAUUCAUCACUGGAUUUACUGAAAAGUACUGGCAGCUUUUAGUACUUCGCUUUGCAAUUGGCAUUGGAGAAGCAGGAUGUACACCUUUCGCAGCAAGUAUUAUCGCCGAUUACUUUCCUUCG